GGCCCCAGCAGUGUCGCCGACAGCUGCGAGCCAUGACUCGCUCCGCCUUCAUCUACUGCGGCACCGAGAGCGCGUCAGUACUCACCGGCGUCCUCGCAGACGACGGGACCAUUCGACACACUGGUUCCUUGUCUGUGGCGCCCGAAAGCGACGCGCUUGUCAGCUCGGCAGCUGGGUUCAGCGCAAAGCUGUCUGGAGCUCCUCGAGUGGAAUGGGUGACGGCGCACCCGUCAGGAACAUGGCUCUACUCCUUCGUCUCGUUUUGGGACAAGCGCCCGGGCAUCCUCCGCACGCACGCCAUCGCAGACGAUGGAGAGCUGACCGAGGUGGAUGGCGGCGAGGAGGAGGCGUCCUGCCACCUCAAGAUGCGAGGCUACCAGCCCUGCCACGCGGUGUGGCAAGGCACACUGUGCGCAUGCGCGCACUACCUGUCUGGCGACAUCGAGGUCUUUGACAUGUCGUCCGGCGGCUCGCCCCGCAACGCGGCCUUCGCACGUCUGCCCGGCAAACGCCGCCAAGGCAAGUUCGAGGCGCCCGCAUUCGGCGAGAUCGCGCCGCAUUGCCACGGCCUGGCCGCCUGCCCAGGCUGGCUCGUGUGCUGCGACGCCGGGCAGGCCUGCCUCGUCGUCUACUCGCUCGACCAGGCGAGCGGCCAGCUCGGCCAACCACAACCCUGCUCGCUCGGCGAGUCGCCGGUCGUCGGCUCAGCGGGCCAGGCUCUCGUCGCCGCCAGCAUGGGGCCGCGCCCUCGCCACGUCGCCUUCACUGCUCAGCACGAGCGGCUGGCGGUGCUGUGCGAGUGCACGAACGUCGUCACUCUGCACGCCUUCGACAUGGCGGACGGCAGCGUUGGCCCGGCUCUGCACACGUGUGCGAGCUUCGAGUCGAUGCCUCGCAGCGUCGGCUGCGGCAUCGCGCGCUCCCUCGCGUCGCUGCUUCCCACCAAGGUGGCGCUGCUGGCCGCCCUCCCCUUCGGCCUCGCCGCCGCGGCAGAGGUCGCCCUCCACCCGCCGAGCGGGCGGCUGCUCGUGACCACUAGAGGCGUGCCACGAGGCGGCUCGCUCCGCGGACUCGACCCGCAAAGUCUCGCCUCGCUGCAGGACAUCGCGGCGGGCGACUCGCCACGCUCGUUUACCUUUGAUCGCGCGGGCAGCACACUCAUCGCUUGUGUCAAGGGCGGGCUCGAGACCUAUCGGGUGGCGCCGGACGGCGAGGUGUCGAGCCGCACGGUCAGCGGCCUCCCGGAGGGGCUGCACGGGCUCGAGGUGGACUGCGUGGAAUGUGUUGAGAGAAGCGCAUGAAGAGGCAGGUUUUCACUCGUCAGGUUACGACACCUGGGGGCGGGCGCCCGCGCGCGGCGCGUGUGCGUUGUAUAUUACUGUACCCUCCGAUAAAGGGGUUUUCCAUC